AUGGCUCCGUUCGGUCAUUCAGAAGGGCCCAAAUGUGACACAGGAAAACGUGGACCAAUAGGAGGACCUGGCGAUAAAGGAGAUAAGGGUAAUCAAGGUUACCGUGGUAAACGUGGACCGGCUGGUCUGAGUGGAGAAAAAGGCGAACCGGGAAGGCGUGGGAAUAAGGGAGAAAAAGGCGACACAGGCGAGUCAGUAUCUCCUCCCAAGAUAGCAUCGUCUCCGACCUCGUCAACCGUGCGUGAGUACAACUCAGCCUCGUUCAGAUGUAAGGCAGAGGGACUACCCAUACCUGUUAUAACCUGGUAUCGAAAUGGAAGCUCUCUCAUUGUCCGUGACCGUCAUACCGCUCAACCUAAUAACACGCUGUUGUUAAGGAAUGUAACAUUUUCUGAUCACGGAACAUAUACGUGUUUAGCCAGCAGUGUGUUGGGAAAUGACAGUGUGUCCGCCAUCCUAACAGUACAAGUUCCAGUGAAAAUUACCCAAGGACCCAAAUCCACGGCAAUAGAAGGUUCAGAUCUAAGGUUGAUAUGCGCAGCAACAGGUCAACCUAAACCGAGCAUAAGUUGGGAAAGACUGGGAUCAACUUUGGACACUAAGAGGCUUAUUGUCGACGGCGCCACCUUCAUAUUAAAAUCUUCAAAAGUCUCGGACUCUGGUACAUACUCAUGCAGGGCAGAAAACCUGAUCAAUUUCGAGACUGCCUCGGGUAGUGUCGUGGUAGUUCCUAAACUUCAUUUUACUGUGUCGCCCCCUCAAAAUGUCACCAUUUUUGCUGGUAAAUCACUUAUUCUGCACUGUCAAGCUGACAGUGGAGACUUCAGUGGUUGUUACGUGGUCAAGAUCAAACGGACCACAGCUGACUGCAAGACAUCGAACCCUCGCAAAUGGUUCACUUGUUAUUGA